GCGCUGAGGAGAGGGUCUCCGUGGACAUGGUCGUGGCGGGAAGGGAGGAGAGAAAUGGCGCGAAGGACGAACAGGAAGAGGGUGACCAGGGUGGCACGAAGGGAACGGGCGCCCCGUGCGACGUCUGUGGAGGGAAUGACUCCGUGGAGGACAACGCGAUGGUUCUCUGCGACGGCUGCCAUGUGGCAGUGCACCAGCGGUGCUACGGCCUCCCAGCCGCCCCCCGAGGCAUGUGGUUCUGCGAGAAAUGCAAAUGGGAGAAAGCCAACGACUUCAAGUCCGCCGCCGCGACUCCUCCCCUGGAGGCAGGGGCCUCCGCCUCCAUCACUCCGACCAGCUUUCCCC